UGUUGUAUUAUCUUCAAUUUGGUAAGAAAUUAGAGGGGUUGCCUUUUUUAGAAAACAAACUUUCGAUAGCGGGAAUAAGCCAUGUUCCACUUGUUUCCACCUAAUCUGCAAAAAAAUUGAUGAAUAGAUUACAAAAAUGCUUCUUGUUAAACCUUUUGUUUAUUCUUUCAAUAACAGCAUUUAACAUAAAAGAAGCACUUUUCGGGAAUAGCAAAACACAAGAUAUAAAGCAACAAAGCACGUUUGGUGUUCCAGAGACCACAUCAAAGUCAAAUCGUCCAGAUAUGCCAUGUAAAGACUAUAUCUGUAAAGAUACCGAAGCCUGUGUUAGUUCUCCUGUGGAGUGUCCUUGUCGGCUGACGAUGAAUAAAAAGUGUAUGAUAGGUGAAUGGUAUACCUGUGUCAGAGGUGAUUUAUCGUGUUCUGAUCUAGACGAAGUUUAAUCAGUGAUAAAUUGGUGAAUAUAAAUAAAAAGCUUCAUUUUUAAAACUGGUCUUUUCUU